CGCAUGACACGGAGGAAGGAAAGGUGGCGCAUGAUGUAAUCUGUAGCAUUGUCUGUUGCUGCCGUGCACUUUGGAGGUAUUAAAUAGAUGCCGUAAUUUAGCAUCUCAUUAGCAGCCGUGUAGCGUGUAAGGCGGGCGCGGAAGUACACCAACACAACCAACAGUUACACACAUGCUGUGUUUACGUUUAUAGCCGUACCUUAGCCAACGCGUAGUCGGAUGUAGCGGAGAAUCUGUGGUGAUAGCAUGCUUAGUUACAGCAGUGCAGCUUAGUGCCGCCCGAAGCCGCUAUUUAAUAUGACAGCCGUGGAAUAGGCGCGGUAUAACAGCGUGCGGAAGCAGGAUACGGUCAAGGUAUAGAUGGCUUUUCAGAAACAUAACGCGCACUUCCUUGCCUGGUCGUUGAACGGGUUGGCUAGGCUUACAAAUGCGCGGAGAAGCUGCUCUACGACACUCGACGAGACGUUCUUCAGCGAAGACAGGAAGAAGGCCUGCAUGGAAUCUUUAGUGAAAUCGUCAGAGGAACUGAGCCGCAUGUUCCGUAACGUUCCCACAACGCUGCCGGCCGCAGUGCUGGUGCCGUUCUGCAUCAACCGCUGCGGAGAGCCCGCCGUACUGUUGACAUUAAGGUCUCGGAGCCUCUCCAGACACGCCGGACUCAUUAGCUUUCCCGGAGGCAUCGCCGACGAUAGCGACGCGUCGGCCACGGAAACGGCACUUCGAGAAACCGAAGAAGAGCUUGGGAUACCGCCCGCAAACGUCGACGUGUGGGGCCCUCUGCACCCGCUCCCAUCGAUGGGUUCCACAAUUUUGGUCACACCCGUCGUCGGGUUUGCGAAGCCCUCGACGUCCUCGUCACUGAUCUACGAGUUGUCGGCGAACGAAAACGAAGUGGAGAAAGUGUUCAUGCCGACUUUACGAAGCUUGUGCGACCCACGCGCUUGGGAGUACACGUGCCUCAAGUACCCCGGUGUACCGGACCAUGCGUCGCCCGUUUUUGUCCUCGAAGAUGACGAAAAAAUUUGGGGACUAACUGCUAGGAUACUGCAUCUGUGUAUGAGCUGCAUUCUGCCGGAAUUGUACUGCAGGAAUUACCCCGGGAACCUGCUUAGAGUGACUGGUAGUGGCAGCAAGCUCUAAAGGACGUUGUUGCUGAUGUGCACGGCACGGCUUCUGUUUUACUAAUAAUAAU